CGACUGUGUUUAAAAGGAAAGUUACUGCUCUUUUUUCCUAUGUCAAUGUUUCAGUCACGCGCCUACCGUGCGCGCACACACACCCUCAAAUAAGAUUUCCACAUUCCGUUUAAAGUUGUUGUCCAACUGCAUUGCUGGGAGGCAGGGACAGAGACACACCCAUAGGGAAAAUACCCAGGAGAGUGCGGCGAUGGUGAAUCUGUCGUUACUAAGUCACUCCGUUAUUUAGGUUGACGUGAUGACGAGGUCGUGGCUGCCGUCCCUGCUGUAGGCUAGUCGUUUUACAGCGGGAUACAUGCUGGCUGUGGCGGACCGGUUGACAGUCGUGUCGGUAAGGCUAUGUGCAUCUACUGAAGACCGAGGCAACAGGUUGCAACCAUGGGCGUUAAAGAGAUGUUCUCUCAGUGGACCCUACUGUUGCUGUGUACUCUCCCUGUGAUGACCAUCCACUCAGAGGGAUGUCAGUGUCCAGGAGCCACCAUUUUGGCCCAGUUUCCCUCUGUCCUCCCCGCUGAGGCCUGCUGUCUGAACUACUCCGGCUCAACGUUCGGCCAUGUUCGCUGGACCAUGCUCACCAACAGGACCAGACUACAGCUCCUAGACCUGUCUCACUGUACCAUCACUCAGAUAGACCUGGAGGACACAGAGACCACACUCUCUCCUCUCCAGGAGGUCUAUCUGGGUCACAACAGACUGACCUCCAUCCCAGGGAACUUCCUGUCAGAUCUGCCCAGCCUGAAGGUGCUGGAGCUGGGCAUGAACCAGCUGAGGGAGCUGCCUGAGGAUUUCCUCAAGGGAUCUGACGGCCUUCAGGAGCUAGAUCUCAGGGGCAACCUCCUCCGUUCUCUCCCCACCUCUGUGCUGUCUCUGCGGGGUCUGGAGAGGCUGGAACUGGUGGACAACCCCUGGGACUGCUCUUGCUCCCUGGUGGAGGAGCUGGACAACAACAACAACACCAGCCUGCAGGGCAUCGUGGGUAACAUCACCUGCGCAUCUCCUCGGAGCCUGGCUGGGCGGCUCGUGUGGUCGGUGGCACCUGGUGACGUCUGCCGCCCACCAGGGCUCACGGCACUUUUCAUCCUCCUGCCCCUCUUCAUCCUCCUCGGCCUCGUCCUCUGCUGGUGCUGUGGGAGGAAGAGGAAGACGAAGGAGAAGCCGGCCUUCGGCUCCUCCAAGAAGAAGGCCUCCCACUCUCAUUCACCCAACGGUCACCACCACCACCAUCGAUCCAAGCCCCCAGCAGGCGGAGGAGGGGGUAACUACCCCACGGCGGGGGACAGCAGCAGGAAGGAGAUGUUGAAGGACCAGCUCCUCCUGCGACCUGCCUCCACCCUUCUUGGCUCCACCAGGGACAUCUAUGAGGAGGUGGAGAUUAAAGUAGAAUCUGUGGAGUCCCUCUCUCACUCCCUCCCCAACUCCCCUCCCUCUCCUGGGUCCUCCUCCCAAACAGAGGGUCCCGAGCUGGACCUGGGCGGACAAGCAGAGCUGGAUGCAGUGAGUGUGACGGAGGUGAUGAAGGACUCAGCAGACAGGGAGAAGGCUUAUAUGACCCAGUCCACUGAAUACUACAGUCUGGUGCCAGGGAUGGACCUGGACGACUCAGAUCAUGCCCCGGACUAUGCCUCGGAUCAGGCCUCGAACCACGCAUCAGACCACGCAGAGUACGAGAGUGUUGACCUGUCGUGAGAAUGGACAUAGAUUCGCUAGAAGGAGUGUGUCUCUCAUGACUGGCUGACUGGCUUGAGUGUGUGAGUGAGUGAGUGAGUGAGUGAGUGAGUGAGUGAGUGAGUGAGUGAGUGAGUGAGUGAGUGAGUGAGUGAGUGAGUGAGUGUGUGUGUGUGUGAGUGUGUGUCAGAGAAAAAGAGAGACAGAGAACUGUCGGAACUGAAUUAUCAAUCACAAUCAUAUGACAGGAAGUGAGGUCACCUUGAGAUCUCCAGGAUGGGAUUGACUUGAGCUCCAGUGUGACCAAAUCAUCCACCACACCACCACACCACCACCACCACCACACCACUACCACCACACCACACCACUACCACCACCACACCACCACACCACUACACCCCACCACCACACCACACCACUACCACCACCAC